AUGUCGAUCUUUGCGUUUGGCUCCACGCAACCGUCCACGCGUCGCACAUACCAGAAGGUGUCUCUGCGUAUCGAUGGCUUACAUCAGUCGUUGGAAGUAGAGGCCAUCGCUAUCCCACAGAUCUGCAGGUCGCUCAGCCCACCUGUGGAUGCCCGGAUCUUGCAAAUGCUACACGAUCGUGGUCUCUCUCCAGUCACAACGACUUGUCUAUCGCAGAACGUCGACGUGCUGGUAGGCGCGGACUACUACUGGCGAUUUGUGUCUGGCAGAAUAGAGCGCCGUCCCAACAAUAUCACAGCCGUCGAAACGGUAUUUGGGUGGAUCGUCCAAGGUGUUGCCCCACUGCGUUCCUCGCUACCAGACUAUCCCGCCACCACGUCACUUUUGUGCUGCACGAACGACGUGCCCGAGCAUGAGCUGACCAUCCUGUGGCGACUAGAUGCAUUAGGUAUCACGGAUACUGACGUAGCCGCUCCCUCCGGAGCGGCAGACCUCCAAAUGUUUCAAGAGAACAUCAAGUGGCAGACAGAUCGGUACGAGGUUCCCCUCAUGAUCCAGGCGCCUGGGCUACCACCAGAGGCACACAAUCGGAUAACCGCCGAGAUGAGACUCAACGCUCAACUCCGGCGGUUCCAGAUGGCACCCGACGUUCUCAAGCAGUACGACGCCACAAUGCGCGAAUACUUCGUCGAAGGGCAUGCCGAACCAGCCUCUGGCCCAGACACAACCAGGAACGUAUACUACCUGCCCCACCAUGCCGUUAUACGUAUGGAGGCCGUCACGACCAAGGUCCGCAUAGUCUUCGACGCAUCGUCCCAUGUUCCCGGCCAACCGUCUCUUAAUGAGGUUCUGUCGAAGGGUCCCAACUUAAACAGCAACCGCCUCCAUCUCCUCAUCACGUUUCGGUCUUCUCCCAUUGUCUUGACCGCCGACAUUCGGAAGGCGUAUCUUCAAAUUCAGAUGCGACCAGAGGACCGAGACGCCCUCCGCUUUCUGUGGAUCCAGGAGCUACCGUCAUCAUCCAACCCUUAUCCUGCGACCCAGGAGUGGAGGAUGACCAGAGUCCCGUUCGGAGCAUCGUCCAGCCCCUUCCUACUCGCGGCAACUCUGCACCAUCACUUCGGCGCGGUCGCUUCGCGAUACCCAGCCACCGCAGCUCGCCUCCGCACCAGCUUCUAUGUUGACGACCUAGUAAUUGGCUGCGACGACGUGCAAGAUGCCGAGACGAUAUAUGCCGAGACCAGAGCUGUCCUGCGGGACGCAGGGAUGGAAAUCCGAAAAUGGGCAGCGAACUCCACCGCACUUCGACAGAAAUUUCUCGCAGACGAAACUGCCUACGAUAACGUCGGUUGUACAAACCCAGUGCUUCGUACCUUAGGUGUACCAUGGGACAGACAGGCGGACGUCAUCCUAGCACCAGUCACCGCGGUUCACGAAUUCGCGCAGAAAAAUGAGCCCACGAAGCGCACGGUGCUCAGGACCUUUUCUUGA